CACACAACCACAUCGAAUCCCGUCGCAAGGACAAUCGCAGCACCCAAAUCCCGUCUACACCGUUAUCCUCGCAUCUACACACCAUGGAGAACGAAAAGGGAGAGAUCGUCGAUCUCUACGUGCCUCGCAAGUGCAGCGCCACCAACCGUAUCAUCAAGGCCAAGGACCACGCCAGCGUGCAGAUCAGCGUCGGCAAGGUUGACGAGAACGGCCGCUACACCGGAGAGAACCAGGUGUAUGCCCUGUCCGGCUUCGUUCGUGCCCGUGCCGAGAGCGACGACAGCCUCAACAGACUCGCCCAGAGAGAUGGAUUCCUGAAGAACGUCUGGAGCGCACAGCCCACAAGAUAAGCAGUACGGCCAAGGGGAUGGGAGGAGAGAAGUGAAGUGAAGUGGACACCAAGCAGUGGAAUGAUGAGUGAUGGAGAAAGUCAUCCAAAUUGACUAAGUAGAAUGGAGGCUUCCCCAGGUGCUCUUCCUCGGUCGACCACCGCUCUUCGCAGAGCUCACGGAUACGACGACGGCAACUACAUCAUGGAUCUGGUACUGCGGAAGGAUGGCAUUCGGAAAGAUUUGCUUUAGAUCCGUUAGUCGCCAACGGAGAUCCUAGAUGUUCAUGUGAGAAUUUGACUCGGGCUUGAACUGAGCAAAUAAAGAAAUCAACAAAAGAAGCAAACUUGUCAAACACCACACA